AUGAACCGUUCCGUGAUCUGUGUUGUGUUGUUGGUGUCAUUGGUAUCGGCUCAGGUCUUCGAUUUGGAUGGACAGUUGGCUGCACUCGAGCAGCAAGACGGUGCUCUUCUCAUUGAGCCACAAGUCAAACGCUCGCCAUCGGCCAAAUGGAUGCGAUUUGGAAAGCGGUCUCCAUCGGCCAAGUGGAUGAGAUUCGGAAAGCGCUCCCCAUCGGCAAAAUGGAUGAGAUUCGGAAAGCGCAGUGGAGCUGAGGCCAUCGCCCCAGAACAGGAUUAUUAA